AUGGGCUCGACAUCAACAGCGAGGACAAUGAAAGCCGGUCAAUGGGAACCUAAGCAGAAGAAAGUGGUCAUCAACGAGAUUCCUGUGCCAGCGCCAGGGCCACAUCAAGUACUCGUCAAAAUUACAUCCGCAUCUCUAUGUCAUACAGAUAUCAUGGCUAUAGACGACCCAGAUCGAGAAGAGCCCCUCACCCUGGGACACGAGGGUGUCGGAGUCAUUUCUCAGCUCCAUCCAUCUGCGGAAGGUAAAGGGUUCAAGGUUGGCGAUGCGAUCGGCUUCCUGUACAUCCUGGGUUGUUGUUUUGAAUGCGAGGGAUGUAUGGUGCACCAACGGCUGUGCUUGAACGGCAAGCCUGAAAUGCAGGGUUGGUCAGAGCCGGGCUUCUUCUCUGAGUAUGCAAUUGUCGACUACCGAAAUGCCAUUCAUCUGCCUAAGCACUGGAGUUUGAAGACCAGUUCCGUAUUCUUUUGCGCUGGGAUGACCGCCUUCAAUGCCGUGGAUUCUUGCGAGCUUCAACCUGGCCAAUGGCUAGGCGUGAUUGGAGCAGGAGGACUGGGCCAGCUUGCUACACAAUAUGCCAAAGCAAUGGGCCUGAACGUCCUCGCCAUUGAUAUCAACGACAAAACACUGGAGGUCUGCAAGGCCCAAGGUGCAGACGCCAUUUUCAACUCGAGAACCGACCAAGAGUACGUUUCCAAGGUCAAAGACCUUACCAAAGGAGGUGUUCAUGCUGCGGCGGUUUUCAGCAAUGCCAAGAUAGCCUAUGUGAAUUCUCUUAACAUUAUCAGAGUUGGUGGGCUCUUGAUGGUUAUUGGAUUGCCUGAUGAGCCACUGGAGGUCUCGACAAUGGACUUGGCUCUGGCAAAGUAUCGGAUCAAGAGUGAUAGUCCGGGGAUUCCUCGAAGAUUGAAGAAGGCGGUGGAUUUCUCUGCAAAGCACAACAUUGCCCCUGAAGUUGAGCUUCGGAAGUUGGAAGAACUGGAUGACAUGGUCAAUGAGAUGCGAGCAGGGACUGCGACCAAGAGGAUGGCAGUGGCAUUUGAUUGA